GAUUAACAGACUGUUUCAGGAACAUCCAUUUUUUGCUGUGCAUCAAGAAGCAGAAAACUGUCCAGAACUUUAUAUGUAUGGAGAGUUCUACUUUGCAGAUACAUAAAGAGUGAGCCAGAUCCAUAUAUAGAAACCAGGGCAAUCAUGGGAUAAUCUAUAAACCUUAAACUGAAGGCGGCAUUGUAUAGCAGGAGCAGUUCUCUCCUCUCCACCCCUUUUUUCCCUGUCCCUCCCAGAGGCCAAUCCCGGAGAUUUGCAAAUACAAAAAGGAAUCCUGAAUGUUUACGAAAAAAAAAAAAAGGAGAAGAGAGGCUGGGGACUUUCUGGGUGACAAAUCCAGGUGACCACACUGAGCAGAUCUGCUAAGUGAAGAAGAGCUGCUAAACAGUAAACCGUGCACAAGAACAAUUCUACAUUCCAAAAAAAUCUUACCUUAAAUCUUCAGCUAAGCAGCCAGGAGAAACAAACCGCAACCAUCCUGUACAACAGCGGCACCAUGCCUGAGAAGAUCAGCUUACCGGCUAAACUGAUAAACGGCGGGAUCGCCGGUCUGGUGGGAGUCACCUGCGUCUUCCCGAUAGAUCUGGCUAAAACACGACUACAGAACCAGCAAGGACAAAGCAUCUAUCGUGGGAUGUUUGACUGCCUCAUAAAGACAGUUCGCUCAGAAGGAUUCUUUGGAAUGUACAGAGGUGCGGCUGUAAAUCUAACACUUGUGACACCAGAAAAAGCAAUCAAACUUGCAGCUAAUGACUUCUUUCGAAACAUUCUUUCUCAAGAGGGAAAGGAACUGACGCUGAUCAGAGAAAUGUUGGCUGGAUGUGGGGCUGGGACCUGUCAGGUGGUGGUGACGUCCCCCAUGGAGAUGCUGAAAAUCCAGCUGCAAGAUGCAGGACGCCUGGCAACACAGAAAGUUGUAGCUGGUGAUGGACAGGCCACUAUCUCUCAGCCUGCCGAAAAACCAUCCGCCCUACGGAUAGCAAGAAACCUUCUCCGUACCCAGGGCAUCUCUGGAGUGUACAAGGGUCUGGGGGCAACACUACUCAGAGACGUCCCAUUCUCCGUCAUCUAUUUCCCACUCUUUGCCAAUCUCAAUAAACUGGGACAAAAAUCGCCCCAUGAAAAGGCGCCAUUUUACCACUCGUUUUUUGCGGGAUGCAUUGCUGGAUCUGUGGCUGCCAUUGCAGUAACACCACUCGAUGUGCUAAAGACGCGGAUACAGACACUGAAAAAAGGAAUCGGUGAAGAUACGUAUAAUGGGAUUAUUGACUGCGCCAGGAAGAUCUGGAGGAACGAAGGUCCAUCCGCAUUCAUGAAGGGUGCCUGGUGCAGAGCCCUGGUCAUCGCCCCACUCUUUGGAAUAGCACAAGUUGUGUAUUUUAUUGGAAUAGGUGAAUUUAUUUUGGGAUAUUCCAAGUAAAUAUUAGCAGGAAAUCUGGAAUCUCUCAUAGAGAACAAACAUCAACAGAACUUUCUUAAGAGCCUGAAUGAUUAGAGAGAAGAGAUGGAGCCAUCCAGUAGCUUGUUUUAGAAGAGACUUCUUUUCAUCCUCAACUUUCUGCAUUUAUUGAUGUUGUCUCGAUGGGUAAAGCAGCGUGGCUUAUUCAGAGGGGGGGGGGGGUGCAUUUUAUCUAUCUGCAGCUGCAUCACCACAAAUAUGAAAACCUCUAGUAAUUUCUGCUUAUUUCUUUUACAAAUACUCAGCCUGAGUCCAUGUAAGUAAAUGCUCAAGCCACCCAAAAGUCACAUUUCAUUGGUUGGUAAAUGCUGGAGCAUUACACUCCUGACAGUGUCUUCUAUCCUUUGGUGACUUUGCUGGUGAGAUUUCUGCAUCAGGGUUCCCUCCAUUCCUGUGCUACAAUCCUGGGUUUUCACACCAGCUGUGCCCCUUAGGGUGGUCCCCACUAUCUCUGUGCUGAAUUCCUAGAUCUGGACACCUGCAGUGACUAUUAUGAUAGGGUGACCAGACAUCCCCGGUUUCAGGGGACAGUCCCUGGAUUGAGGACACUGUCCCCGGACCAAGUCUAU